CCUUCCAGUCUCUCUCAUCUUAGUGGGGUCCAUAGCCAGCUCUCCUGUUGCUCAGAGAUGUGGAGGCAGUUGCUAAGAGACAGUGAAACGUCAGUACCUGGCCCUCGAGGAAAAAAAGGGAGCGAAAAAGGGAGAGAGGAGGGGGAGAGAGGAAAGGAAGGCGGAGGGAGGGGAAGACCUGGCGGAAGCCACAUACCCCAGCAGCCUCAGCACCAGCUGAGUUUCGGGAAGAAGCAUUCGGAUUCUGUGAACUUUCUUCUAAGCAUCCUCUCUCUGAUUCUCCUUUUUGAGUAAAAGAAGGGGAACAGCCAGGCACCGGGAGCACAGGACGGGAAACCACAGAGGAUGCUGCCCCGGGAUCCAGGAGCCAUGGAGGAGGAGAGGCCGGGGGAGGGGACUUGCCGGGGAGGCAAUCUGUUCUCCUGAAGCAGCGAGCGGGAUUCCAGGAUGAGGGAGGGAGACCCGUGUAUGCCGCAGAUUGAUGGCUGUGUCCUUGGAACAGAAGGAAAUUCUGUACCGGCCUGCUGAACACAGAGCCGGGCGGGGAGAGCGGCCCCGGCUCAGGACAAGUCGCCAAAGCUGUCCUAGCUGCCCGCCUCCUGCACCACCAGGACAUAUGGCUCUUUCCAGACUUGGCAGCCGACAGCGGGUGUCACUCGGGUCCUCCCCAACCUGGGAAAAGAAGAGCCUCCUUGGGGAUUUCAGUAGAUGCUGAGGCUGAGGACUCGGGCUAUCAGGAGGCCCAUGGGGACCCACUCCCCACCGGGCUCCCUUCUUAAAACACCCGCCCCAGGACCCCCUUGGACUCGAGUCCCCUGGGCUACCAGAAAGAAUGGCUUCUGAGACUUCCCAUGCUGGAGAUCUGGCCUCCUAGUUGGUCCCAGACGUGAGACAGGGCUCAGGGUUUUUCGAUGCCCCAGGACCUUCAACAGACACUUUUCAUGUCCUUCCCCCCACCCACCAGCACCACCUCUCCAACAUAAUACAGAGAGGAAGCACCCAGCAGUCAUGGGUGAGAGGAACACAGAUCUACAAGGACCCUUCCACAUCCACGACCUGCUAGCAGCAGGUCCAGCCCCAUCCUCAGCUCCUUCCUCUCCCAAGUCUUGAUCAUCUUCUCAGAUCCUGAGGGACCUCAGCUGGAUUGAUUGCCCCCUGGGCUCCAAAGGGUACUCCCUGUGGAUCUCACCUAGGGAGCCCUCUGGUGCUUAGAGGCUCUGGGCAAAGGCUUGAGCCAUGAUACCACGUGCCCAGAAGCCCCACCUUCCAGGACUCUGGCCCUGAUGUAGCUGUCUUUCGGAGGCACUGACUCUUGCUUCAUGGACACGGCCUCAGCCCCAGUGGGCUCCCUACAGCACUGCUGUUGCCAGCUGCCUGAGAUGGGUGACACCUGGUCCCAGCUGCCCUGGCCUGGGCCCCCCCACCCGGCCGUGCUGCUGGUCUCCCUCCUCUUGGCAGCCGGGGUGAUGCACUCGGAUGCCGGCACCAGCUGCCCGGUCCUCUGUACGUGCCAUAACCAGGUGGUAGACUGCAGCAGCCAACGGCUGUUCUCCGUGCCCCCAGACCUGCCGAGGGACACCCGCAACCUCAGCCUGGCCCAUAACCGCAUCGCGGCCGUGCCGCCCGGCUACCUCACGUGCUACAUGGAGCUCCGGGUGCUGGAUCUGCGCAACAACUCCCUGAUGGAGCUGCCCCCAGGCCUCUUCCUGCACGCCAAGCGCUUGGCACACCUGGAUCUGAGCUACAACAACCUCAGCCACGUGCCAGCUGAUAUGUUCCAGGAAGCUCACGGCCUCGUGCACAUCGACCUGAGCCACAACCCGUGGCUGCGCAGGGUGCACCCCCAGGCCUUCCAGGGCCUGGUGCAACUCCGAGACCUGGACCUCAGCUACGGGGGCCUUGCCUUCCUCAGCCUCGAGGCCCUGGAGGGCCUGCCAGGGCUGGUGACUCUGCAGAUCGGCGGCAACCCCUGGGUGUGCGGCUGCACUAUGGAGCCGCUGCUGAAGUGGCUGCGGAACCGGAUCCAGCGCUGCACGGCGGAUUCUCAGCUAGCUGAGUGCCGAGGUCCCCCUGAAGUCGAGGGCGCCCCACUCUUCUCACUCACUGAGGAGAGCUUCAAGGCCUGCCACCUGACCCUGACCCUGGAUGAUUACCUCUUCAUUGCGUUUGUGGGCUUCGUGGUCUCCAUUGCCUCCGUGGCCACCAACUUCCUCCUCGGUAUCACAGCCAACUGCUGUCACCGUUGGAGCAAGGCCAGUGAAGAGGAAGAGAUUUGAUGUGGGCUCCUGGUGUCCCUCCAUGCUGCUGGCCACCACUGCUGCUGACCACCAGACACUGCUCACUCUGGCUCAUGGUGCGCCGGCCACCUCUGUCAUGACCCAAACAAGGUCAGGAAACUAUCUUUGUGUGAGCUUCAACUGUGGGCCAGACACUGUGCCAGAACUGGAAAUGUCAGGUGACUCUGACCUAGUCCCUGCUCCCAAGGCUCUUACCUCUAAUGGAAGAGAGAGAUUCAAAAACUAUUCCCUUUAAGACAAUUUGUCAGCACUCUCAGAGGAGUUAUGAAAGCCCAGAGGAGGGAUCAUCAACUGUGCCUAGGAAAGUCCAAGAGAAUUACAAGAAUGGAGGCAAUUUGUGAACUGAGUCAUCAAAAAUUGUCUGCUUUGUCAACUAGAUUUGGACAUGAGCAAAUGACAGAGGCCAGAUCAUGCAUGAUGUGUGAGAACGGAGACUAAUCCUUGUAACUUAAGCACAUAGAGCAGGUGUGACACAGGACCAAAACUUCCCUCUGACACCGAAUCUUUCAACUCCUGGAGUUGCUUACCACUGCCUCCAAAGGGAGAGAACACCUCCAUGCCAGCCCCCGAGGCCUCCUCCUGCCAGAAGUUACCAGAUAAGACCACCUCCUAAGGACUGCCCCUCAUACUAUAUCCAUCAAUUGCAGCCUACCAGUGAGGUCCCAGGUACCAAGUGGAGGUAUCUAAUCUUCUCCUGAAUCUCACUCAAGCUUUGGCUUCAGAAGAGGGAAGCAGGAGGACCAGCAAUGGGGCAGCAAGAGUCCUGGCACCCUGGAACUCCUAAUUUUGUGACUGUUCUUGCCACGGUGCUCAUGCCAAAGGAUCUCACCAGGAAAGUGCACUGUAGCAUGAGAGUAGCCAAGACUGAUGGAAGAAAAGGCCACCAGAGUUGUGACUAUAGGAGGAUUUUCUCUUUCUUCCAAGAAAUUCACCCAUUUAAGCAUCAGGGUAUGAGAGCUAUUAAUUACCAAGCACUUGCCAGUGUCAGACACUGUGAUAUGCUCUCUCCACAGGCAAUUCUCUUUAAUGCACACAUCAAUCUUGUGAGGUAAGCGUUGUUAUUCCCAUUGUAUAGAUGAGGGAAUGAAGGUUCAAAGAGAGUUUAAAGUCACAUGUUGCUUAACAAGCAAAAUAAAGUCUGUGCUCUUUCUACCCUAUCCAAGCUGGGAGAACACCACAGUUCCCUCUAAAGUUAUACAAGUUCAAAUUAAAGUAGUGUUGAAUAAGUGCUCCCAAUGAUGGCCAGGCUCUCUUCUGGGCACUUUUAAAUCUACUGACUCUCCUAUUUCAAUUCUCACAGCAACACUGCCUGGUGGUCUUUAUUAUUUCCAUUUUACAGUUGAAUUAAUUGUAGAGAGCUGAGUAUCUUACCCAAGGCUAUCUGGGUAAACUCUAGAAGCAAGGUGAUAGGCAGCUCCAUUCAGGGAAACCGUGUCUAAUCGGUCAUCACAAAUCAAGUUAACUUCAUGUGCAAAGCACUAUUAUCAUCAUUGCUGCUGUUAACUCCAUCCUCAUCAUCAGCUUCCUCAGAUCCUUCCCUGUAUUUGUUCAGCACUGGACAGCUCCUAACAGGCUGUUCAGCGUCAUUCUUCUUGACUUUUCACAACCCUAAGUGGGAGGCAAACCAAACAUAAUUACUCCUAUUCUGAAGAAUGGAAAAUAGAGACUCAAGAGCAGGUGUGACUUGCCAAAGCAGAAAAGUUGAGACUCAACUUCAACUUGGCUCUCUCUCCAGCUUUCCCAGGUGCUUGGGAAGAGAAUGGCCAGGAUGGCAGGGUAGUGGGGCUCUUGGAUUCAGCAGCCAUGAACAUCCAGUAGAUCAGCUAAAUAAAAGGCAGCAAAAUCCAGCUGCUGCACAGAUUUCGAUGAGCUCAGAGUAGAGCAAAUCACAGCCUCUGAAACAUAGAAGCAGCACAAAUAACACCUGAAUAGGAGUCAUCUGCCUUGCAAAGUGUAAAUAACACAUUAGAACUAGUGGCCAUGGUGGUAGUCAUGCAAAAAAAAAAAAUUCUUUGGGAAACAAGAGAGGAAGUUGUGCUAACCCCUCCUACUCAAGCCCUGCUGUGUUGUGUUGCAAGUGAUACAAAGGGUGCAAGAGAACUGUGGGGUGAGAACCUCAGCAGGAUAGGAGAAGAAAUUAAGGCACAGUCCAACAUGUUGGUAAGGUUGGCCAGGAUAAUGAUUAAAACAGGGGCUUUCUACAUUGCCCCCCAGCUCCAACAAUGUUGCAUCACCCCAUCCUCCUGAGAGAAGAAUAAAGGGAAAAACAGCAUGUCAACUUCCAAGAAGUCUUCCCUUACUCAUGCUUCCCUGAGCUAGUCAACCAAAAGAGCACCUAGAAACUUUGCUAGACCUGGGGUACUUGAAAUUUGUAUCCCCUACAUCUCAUUAAUAACAUUUGUGCAAGAUCCUGCUCCUGUGGCAUCUGGAGUAGAACUGUGCCUGCUGUCCUCUUCCACUAUACCCAGGCUACUCUUCAACAGUCAAGCUAACAGCCUAAUAUAUUUGGAGAGGAAAUUUUAGAAAUAGUCUCGACACAAAUAGCUAAGCCUCCCAUAGAGGGACACCAUAUACAUCUAUUAUAAUCUCCUAGAGACUCUUAUUUACUGAAAUAUAGUUAAUAUAUUUUAAGAUAUGUACCUUUUUGCAUAGAACUAGAAUGAAACAAGACACCUAAUACCCCCUUGAAUUCAAAUGUCCUUUCUAAUAAGACUAUUUGUCCCCAUUAAUGGCAAAUCUUUCUGAGUAAGAUACAUGACAUUUAAAGAACAGAUUCUUCUCCAGCAGCUAGAAGGUCCCCAGUUAGCUAAAGCACAAUAAUAAAACUUCUCACCUGACAAGGAAUUCCAUGUCUCCCAUCACCACCACCCUCUUGUGCAGGCUAUCAGAACCAAGCUUCUAGAAGCACACCUCUCUAGAGGUAAUAUAACUGCCCUAGUUGUAAAUGUUCACACAAUCCUGCUGACCAAGAAACCAUGAAGAUAUUCCUACAAGCCUUGAAUAAGUUUUUUUCAGACUAGUUAACGUGUAAAUAUUGGGGCAUCUCUGAGGCAAUGUGUCUGUUCAUGAGGUUCCAUGAACGUUGGGUAUCUACUGAUAUGGGGCCAACCUCUCUGGAACUUGAGUUCAGUUCUCUGACACAGUAUACUCAACCAUCUGUUCAUUGCAUCACUUGGUACAAUAAGUGGAAUCCCAUUAGGAUUGGGUUAGGGAUCACUGCUCAGAAAAAUAUAAAAAGAGAUAAAUGUGUGGCUGAGGCAACCUAGCAACAGCCUGACUGCUUCCCUCCAUUCUCUAUCUCUCAGAGAUUUGUCCUUAUCACAGAAGCUUCCUUUAUGCUGGGCCAGAGGAUAUCAAAGUUUAGCUAACCAACAGUGCUAUGAUAGUGCACCAAGAAAAUUGUUCUUUAGAAAAGACCCCAAUCUGUACCACACCACUCUGGACCAGUUGAUUCCAGUCACCAACAGACAAAUCCUCACCUGUUUCUCCAUUCCCAUAGGGAGUACCGGGAAAUUCUGCAGAAAUAGGUCCCCAGAGUUGCUAUAGAGUUUGCUAGCUCUUUUCAAGGAAGAUGGCAUAUGGUUUGAAUAGCCCAAGAAAGGCAUUUCUCUUCAACCAUCAGGAAACACCUACAGCCUCCAUUUUCCUUAUAGAUGUUUUUGUGGAUAUUGCUCUGACAUUCUUUUCAGCUCUAGAAGAGUAUAAGGAGACAUCUUUGCCCAUUUCUCAGAAGAACAAUUUCCCAAAGCUAGAGAAUCUUGUCUGCUCUACCCACCUCAGAGGAGGCAAAAGGGAGAUGAAGGAGGCAAGUUGCAAAGUCCUAUGUAAAUCACCACCAUGUUUGCCACAGCUUUGGGUUGGAGAGCUCUGGAUUCACUGAGCUCUCAGUUUUUCUAAGCUCUUGUCCUGUGGAAUGCUGAUGU